AUGAGCUUUCAGACCAAGAACUUUGCCUACACAACGAAGUCAUUCGGCAGGUUUCUGGAUGAGGUGCACGCCGGUGGUCGCCAGUAUCUUCGAAGCAUCUCUGCUGAGCAACCAACAAAGCUCCCUGCCAACCUAGCGGCUGAUUUCCCAAAUUUGAAAAACGAUUUCCACCUGCCGGAGGCACUCGCUGUGGUUACGGAGAAUGCACACAGCUCUCCUCUGAGGAUCUCCGGGCCCGUCACCCUGUGGCUCCAUUAUGAUGUGAUGGCCAAUGUUCUAUGCCAAGUACGUGGUGAGAAACGAUUGAUCCUUUUCCCGCCACAGGACGUGCAACAUCUAUCCGUGCCGGCUGGGGCCUCGAGCUCAACUGUCAACAUUUUCCAAAACUCGAACGAUGGGACAAUUGCGUCAAUUCCACACACCUCGCCACACGAGGCAAAGCUGGGCUGCGGUGACAUCCUCUUCCUUCCUCCACUGUGGCUUCAUACAGCAUCACCGACUGGCCAAGUCAGCGUCGCCGUGAAUGUUUUCUUCCGUAAUCUUUCGAAAGGCUAUGCUGCUGGACGGGAUGUGUACGGGAAUCGCGACCUGCAAGCCUAUGAGAAAGCAAGAGUCGACCUCCAAAAGAUGGAACGGUCUUUUGAGGGACUUCCAACAGAUAUGGCGCGGUUCUACCUUCUCAGGCUCGCACAAGAAUUGAAGGAAAUUGCCGAGAAAUAA